UCAAUCGAUCAGAGAGAUGAAGAUGGCGACGGGUGGAUGGAGCUAGUUGGGCAGGAUCGAUUACCGAAACACUCGAUUGGGUUUUGUUUUUGUUAACUCUGCGACACCGCUCAGACCAGGGACUUGAAACCGGAGCGAAGGAGCGACAAACACGAGAGAGCGUGAGCCAUCCAGCCUUCCUGCACCAUCAGGACUAUGGAGUUCCCAUGGCACAGCGGGAAAGUUCUAGAGCAGCUUGACCGGCAGCGUAAGCAGGGCCUGCUUUGUGACUGCACCUUCGUGGUGGAUGGGGUGGACUUCAAGGCUCAUAAGGCUGUGCUGGCAGCCUGCAGUGCCUACUUCCGCACCCUCUUCUUAGACCAGAAGGAUGUGGUGCACCUCGACAUUAGCAAUGCUGCAGGUCUGGGUCAAGUCCUGGAGUUUAUGUACACGGCCAAGCUGAGCUUAGGCCCACAGAACGUAGAAGAUGUGCUGUCUGUAGCUCACUUUUUACAGAUGCAGGAAAUCGUAAACGCUUGCUCUGCAUACCAGUCGAUGUCAAACACAACUCCCUCCCUCAUCACAUUGGAUUUUGCUGCUGGUGAAAAAACAGCUGAUGGUGAACUCAAAGAGGGUCUUGAACAUCAGAUUUCUGAAGCAGCGUCGCUUGCAGAGAGAGAUGAAGAAGCCCAAGAAAGUCAAGAUGGUUUAAAUGAAGACGUUCUUCCUGAACCACAGCAGACUGUUUCUAAACUCGCCCCCGCCAGACUUUCCUCAACUCGCAAACGACCCCCCAAAGUCUCCUCUCUUUCUGCUCAAAAGAGGAUUCUCGUUAAGAAGGAGGAAGAAACAGCGUCUUUCCGGGACGACCCCUCGGAUGCCGACUACACACCCAAGUCACAGCUGAGAUCUGCUGGAAGCUCCACCUACAUGAGCUCUCGGGGGAGAAGAAUCCGGAAACCUCCUCGACGAAACUUCCCACCUGAAAAUGACUCUGAAGAAGAAGGUCCAUCAAAGACGGACGCUGAGAAGACGUUUCCAGAGCCGGCAGAGGUGGCCCAAGAGCAGGAGGGUGACUCCGGGGAGACGGGCAAUGGAGAAGUAGACGAUGAUGAAGAAGACGUCGGAGCGGACAAUGAGGACUUCAGCCAGCAGGAGGAGGAAGCGGAUUCGAGCAGCGACAGAGACGAGAGACAAGCUCAGUCGGCGUCCAUGAGCAGCCGGUCGGAAUCCAAACCUUACAGCUCAGUAACGCAUAAAUGUGAGGAUUGUGGGAAGAAGUUCACUCACACGGGUAACUUCAAGAGACACAUGCGCAUUCACACCGGAGAGAAGCCGUUCAGUUGCCGGGACUGCAACAAGGCUUUCUCUGACCCUGCGGCUUGUAAAGCACACGAGAAAACGCACAGUCCUCUGAAGCCGUACUGCUGCUCCACGUGCGGGAAGAGCUACCGACAGAUCAGCCUGCUGAACCUGCACCGGAAACGCCACACGGGCGAAGCUCGCUACAGCUGCGAGGUGUGCGGCAAGCUGUUCACCACCUCGGGAAACCUGAAGCGCCACCAGCUGGUGCACAGCGGGGAGAAGCCGUACCACUGCGACUACUGCGAGAAGGCCUUCUCCGACCCCACCGCCAAGAUGAGGCACCUGGAGACGCACGACACGGAGAAGGGAAACAAGUGUCCGCACUGCGACAAGCGCUUCAACCAGCUUGGGAAUCUAAAGGCUCACCUAAAAAUCCACAUUGCUGACGGGCCUCUCAAGUGCAAAGAAUGUGGCAAGCAGUUUACCACUUCAGGAAAUCUAAAGAGACACCUGCGGGUCCACAGCGGGGAGAAGCCGUACGUCUGUGUUCACUGCCAGAGAGCUUUCAGUGACCCUGGAGCUCUGCAGCGGCAUGAACGCAUCCACACAGGAGAGAAGCCGUGCGUUUGUCUUAUAUGCAGUAAGGCUUUCACCCAGGCCAGCUCCCUCAUCGCUCACGUCCGUCAGCACACUGGAGAGAAGCCCUACGUCUGCGACCGCUGUGGCAAAAGGUUUGUGCAGUCCAGUCAGUUGGCCAAUCACAUUCGACAUCACGAUAAUGUCCGGCCACACAAAUGUCAGAUGUGCAACAAAGCUUUUGUCAACGUGGGAGACCUGUCGAAGCACAUCAUCAUCCACACAGGAGAGAAACCUUUCCUCUGUGACAAAUGUGGCCGAGGCUUCAACCGUGUGGACAACCUGCGCUCCCACGUCAAGACCGUCCACCACGGCAAGGCGGGGAUGAAGCGGCUGGUCGUGGCCGGGGGGACGUCGGAUGAGGGGGCUGAGACAUGCACGGAGCCGUGUUCCUCUGAGAGCGAGAUCAACAUCGUCACCGUCACCACAGAGGACAUCGUCACCUUGGCAACAGAGGCCCUGGCAGCCUCUGCUGUAGCUCAGCUGACAGUGGUUCCAGUGACGGCUGCUGUGUCUGCAGAUGAGACCGAGGCUCUGAAAGCUGAAAUCACCAAGGCAGUAGAGAAAGUGCAAGAAGCAGAUCCCAACACCCAGAUCCUGUACGCUUGUGACUCAUGUGGAGACAAAUUUUUAGACGCCAGCUCCCUGGCCCAGCACGUGCGCAUUCACACGGCUCAGGCCCUGGUCAUGUUUCAGGCAGACUCCGACUUCUACCAGUACACCGCGACCACGGCAGCAGACGGAGAUUCUGAAGCAACGUGGCAACCAACACCAGAGCAGGUCAUCCAGGAAGGAGAGCUAAUCUUCCGCACCCAGGAAGGAGCGGAGGAAGCAGCAGCAGGAGAAGGAGGAGGAGGAGGGGGGGGGAUCCAGGCACAGGAGGAGGCAGGAGUCAUUGAGAAGCUGCAGGUGACAGUGGAGAACGGACAGGUGGAGCCAGAGCUCCAGACAGCGGAGAAGGUUGGCGAGGAGGAAAAAGAAGUGCAGAUGGAGUGUGAGAGUCAAGCUUAGUGUGUGAAGAGUGAACGAUAUAUUGCUUGAAAUGAACCUACAUUAUAUGUAAUGUGUGAUUUUUUUCUGUGUGUUUAUAAAUAUGGUUUUGCUCAAAAUUCUGGAAAAUGUCCAAUGAUUUUUAGUAAAAUAUCAAAGAGAGUAAAAUAUUGCUGAGUUCUUUCACAAAAUGUGCUUUUUGUACUACUUUGAAUAGAUUGUUUAUUUUUAGACAAAAAGGUAGGACUGCACCUUAUCUAUUGUACAUAAAACAUUUAGCUCACUCUAAUAUAGCUAAAGAAAACCUCUAUGUGCUAUUUUUUGCUUUCUCUGAUAAAUUGUGUACAUUUUGCUUAGAAAGUCAAAAUAUUUACAAUAUUUUAUUGUACUUGGUUGAAAUAUUUUCAUGUAAAACAUAUACAGAAAUUUACGUAAAGUCAUAGAGGUACUAAAGAUUUAGGUAAAAUACUGUAAAUUUUCUCCCUGUACAAUAUUUGUGUAUGUCCUCUAAACAAGUCUUAAUACAUCUGAUAAAAGAAUAAGACCAACAGGUGAUAUGUAGUGAUGACAAGCUGGUUUCCUAUUGAUACUAAAACGGACUUCUUCUUUUGUCUUUGCUGGUGUGAGAAAGUUUUCUGUCACCAGUGGUUUUGUUAGUUUGUAUGCUUUGUUAAAUAUCUGCAACCUUGCGUGUCCACUCAAUAAAACAGUCAUCACA